GAAAAGGAGGGAGACGAACAGGAUUACACGAUUACAGUCGUCGUGACAUUACAAGCGGCCAGGCUACUUUUAUUAUUAUUUUAAUUAGUCAUUGCGCGUGACAGCUAAAUAGAAAAUAACACAAAUUAAUUAUUUAAAUAAAAAGUAAUAAACAUAAACAAAGUAUUAUCUUCCGUAUAAAAUAAAAAUACGACAAUGAAUUUGUGACAAAAACGAAUCAGAUAAAACAAAUAACCACCGUGGGCGUAAUAUGUAUAUAUAUAUAAUAGAUUGACAAUGUCCAGCAGCACAAAAGACUAAACCCUACAGGAUGUGGAGAUAAUAAUUUUAUUGGAUUAUUACACCAGUUCCAUAAAAAUAAGGUUUAGUUAAAUAAAGUGAUAAAGUGUGGAAGGGUAUUUGUGAAAUGGCCUUCAUGAUGAAGAAAAAAAAGUACAAAUUUUCGGUAGAACUUGUCCUUGAAGAACUUACCGCGGUGCCUUUUGUAAACGCAGUACUGUUUGCAAAGAUGCGGUUAACGGACAGUGGAUCCUUUGUAGAUCAUUCCACCAGGGAAGAAGUUCAAAAUCAUACGGUACGAUGGAAUGCUAAAUUUGAAUUUUUAUGCAAAAUGAGCGCCAGCGCAUCCACUGGAGUUCUUGAUCCUUGCAUACUCAGGAUAUCUAUCAGAAAAGAACUUAAAGGAGGACGAUCAUUCCAGAAAUUAGGAUUCACUGAUUUAAAUCUUGCGGAAUUUGCUGGAGCUGGACUGUGUCGACGUAGGUGUUUACUCGAGGGUUAUGAUACGCGACAUCGUCAAGAUAAUUCGAUGCUGAGAGUCGCUAUUAAAAUGAACAUGCUCUCAGGAGACAUUCUUUUCAAAGUACCUUCACCGUCGCCAAAACAAACUCAGCUUGCAGUCCCGGGGGCUCCUGGUGUCCCGAGUAUUGCCGAUGAAGUUAUUGUAAGCGACAGAUGUAAUCGUGAGGACUACGUAUCGAGUGGUUCUCUUGCCGGGAGCACGGCAAGCGCCAGCAGUGGGUUUGGUAGUCUUCCUAAAAAGAGGCCCGCACUCUUUUCUUCAGAAUUGCUCAGUGGUACGGAAUCUUAUGAUCCGAUGACGCUCAAUGAAGUGGUACCUUCGGCAUUGCCUCCAGAAGUAUUGACGGAAGUUCACACCGAGUCGGGACACUCGAGAAAUUCAAGCAACACAAGUCAACUGAGCAAAGGCUCGGGAUAUGGUUCUUUAAAUUCUCAUAGUCAGCACAGUAGACAAAGCAGCAGUGGUGAUAGUGGACACAUUAGGUCACCCUCUUGGCCGGUAUGGGCACCACGGCUUCCAACCCUCUCUCAAAAUGAGCCUUACCCUGUAAAUAAUAAUCCCCCGAGCUCGAUGUAUUUAACGCCCCCGUCACCUUUGUCCCAGUUGUCCAAGUUAUCCCGAUUGGGUUCAGAAUCAUCGACCCCAAAACGUUUCUGGACUCCGUCUCCAUCAAUACCCGUCGAGUCAAUUAGAUCCCUGAGUAGUACAGUUGGCUCGGUAAAUGUCAACGGUACUUAUCAUCAUCAUCAUCAUCAUCAUCAUCAUUCUAAUAGAGAUAGUUUGACAACAGCGGGUGGAGGAUUUAAAAGACCUCCUCCGCGAGUCGGACAGUCGACCUGGCGCAAUAUCUCUAAAACUUGUGAUUGCGUCGAGAACCAGCCAAGUUCAACGGUAUUGCGACUGGCCGACCAAGCCCGAGCUGUCUCUUCCCCAGAUCCUCUUCAUCGGCCCGAAACUCCCCGUACCUCCUCGUUUAUCUCCGUUGCUGCUCAGACCCUCAGAGGCAUCGGAGGCGGGCACAGAAAAUUACUGGACGGUACGGGAGUUAAAUUACCAACAGUUACUACAAGUCCAGACUCUGAUGAAUCAAUGCUAAGUGUCCCGUCAGAUAUAUCAUCUGCUACUUUACAGCAUCGUAACAGCAUUACCCCACCAAAUCCAUCUGGUGGAUCAGGAUUGAGCGAAACUGGAUCGCUGGAUCGGGCAAAAGCUGCUUUAGAGCGCAGGAAAAAGGCUGAGGACUCUGGUAAUUCAGUCGCGUGCAGAGUUGAAGUGACACGUCCUAAUCCGGACUCGUUGAUUGACGAAUUGCUCAAGGCAACUAAUUUAGAGCAGACUGAUCUUGAAAGUGCUGAAACGUCUGGACUGCAAUUAUUUAUUGGAAAAGACGGAUCAACAGCGCUGGGUAGUCAUGAAGUUAAAAGCCAAAUGCCGGCAGGUGUAUUUAAGCAAGUUGUUAUGGAAGAAAACAAUAGGUAACAUCAGCAGAUGACGACGUCUGGCAGCUCAUUAAGAAGACAGUACUCGUCAUCUCGCCAGUCAACAAUACCACCAACAUUUUCACUAGCUCUUGUACCGGAACUCGUUAUGGAAACUUCCGAACCGAGAUAGUAAUUCGUACUAUAGUACUUUUUUUUUUUUUUCUUCAUCUUACUAUUAUUAUUAUUAUAUAUUUUCUUGAUUAUUUUAUUUUAUUUUACUCGUAUUAUAUAUUAACAAAGAUGGUAUUUUAUUAGUCCAUCGGAUUCCGAUCGCGUAAAUCGCACAUGAGACUAAGACUUUAUUUUCUUAUUUCUUUUCUUCCUGGAAUUAAAACGAUUGGUAGUUAAAUUUAAAAAAUAGAUAGAUAAAUAAUAAAAUGUUUAUUAAAUUUAAACACUACGACGGUUACUUGUGUCGGUCUUUAUUUUAUUUAUAUUUUUUUUUUCAUUUUUCUUCUGUAAAUAACAAUGAUCUUUGAAAUAACGCAAGUAAAUCGACUGUUUAAAAUUUGUAUAUAUAAUAAUAAUAAUAACAAUAAUUAUUAAAAAUAUGUAGUUGUUAAUUAGAUAAGUGGCGCUUCAGACAAUUUUUAUUAUUUAUUUUUCGCCGCUUAAUGGUUGCCAUAAAUUAUAAUACAUCUAAAGAAAAAAGUAAAAAAAAAUAAUAAUAAUGGAAUUGAAGGAUAUUUAUUUUUAUUUUUAAUUUAGACUUGCCAAAAUACAACCAGUUAUUAAUUAUUAAAAUCAUCACGUGACAUCACUGACUGAUUUCUUAUGGUAUUAAUCAUUAAUUAAAUGCUUCUUAAUUAUGUCUCAGAUUCUUCCAAUUAAACAUUUUUUUUUUUUUUUUUUUUUCUUUUUAUAUAAUUUACUGGUGAUGUAUAAAUUUUUAAUCGCCAGUUUCAGCAAUUGUAAUUAUAUCGCUGUAUUUUGAUUUUUUAAAAAUAAUUUACGCGUGAAAGAAAAACAGAUAUUAUUGUUGUGAUAUUUAUGAUAAUUGUAAUAAUUAAAUUAUUACUGUAUUGUCAAUUGUAUUAUAUAUUAAUUAAAAAAACAAAAAUUAUUUUAUGGCUACGAUUUUUUUAAAAAGAAAAAUAAUGUAAGAAAGUAAAGAAAGAUUCAUAUAAGGAUGUUUAAGUUGUCUUCAAUAAAUAACUA